CUUUGCUCAGCCUUCGGCUCCAGCGCCGGCUGAUUCUUCCCUUGACGUAGGCCUUGGCCCGCCCAACUAAUUUUCUACAGACUCUCGAGGCGUAGCUAAAUGGGCGGAGCCUCUGGGCAUCCUGGAGCAGGUGCCUAGCAACAGCGGAGACAGGGAACCAGGGAGUUAGCUCAGCCCGAGGUCAGUCUGGAAACCGGUUAUGACUGACCACAGCCAGGUGCCUGACAAUGCCCACUCGAAGAAAGUUCCAAAGCUACGUGUUCAUGCUCCUGAAGACCGAGAGAAGACCCUGCAACGUAUCUUUGGGACAAGCCAGGUGUUCUACAGCAUUGAUAGGAAACCAAGGACAGGAGGAUCAACAGUACCUCUCAAAGUCAGAGAGUACUAUCACCAAGGCCAUCAGUGCCUAGAACAAGAGGACUGGGAGAAUGCCGUGCUCUUCUUCUCCCGCGCUCUCCACCUGAACCCCAACACGGCAGACUUCUAUGUUUUCCGUGCCGAGGCCUUCAUCCAGCUCUGCGAUUUCUCCUCCGCCCUGCAGAACCUGCGCAGGGCCUACACCUACCAGCCAGAGAACAGCAAAUACCUGGAGCGGCUGGCCUUUGUACUCUACCUACAGGGCCAGUGCUUGUACGAGCUGUGUGACUUCCAGGAAGCCCUGUAUGUCUUCUUGCAAGCCUCUGACCUCCAGCCCCAGAACCCUUCCUUCAGUUACCGCUGCAUAGCCUGCCUGCUGGCCCUCAAUCGACAUCAGGACUGCCUCUCACUCGUCACCAGGGAGGUGAAGCAGGGCAGGGCCAGUGCCGAUGUCUACAUCCUCCGGGCCCGGAUCUACAACUUCUUCCAGAAGCCCAAGCUCUGCUAUCAGGACCUUCGAAGCGCCCUGCUCUUCGAUCCCAAGCACCCACAGGCCAAAGGGCUACUCCAGAUGAUGGUGAACCAGGCCAAGCAGUCCUUUCAAGAUGCUAGCAUCCUGGCCGUGCAGGGCAAGCUGCACCGUGCACUGAAGCGUAUCUGCUGUGCCAUUGAGAACAACCCCCUGGACCCCAACCUCUUCCUCUUCCGGGGGACCAUGUACAGACGGCUCCAGCAAUUUGACCCAGCUGUGGAAGACUUCCUGAAGGCGCUGGACAUGGUGACUGACAGCCAGGACAGCCUGGUGCAGAAGGCACAGCGCCAGCUGCUGCUGACCUACAAUGACUUUGCUGUGCACUGCUACACCCAGGGCUCCUAUCAGGAGGGCGUGCUGCUGCUGAACAAGGCGAUCAGGGACGAGCAGAACGAGAAGAGCCUGUACAUCAACCGUGGGGACUGCUUCUUCCAGCUGGGCAACCUGGCCUUCGCGGAGGCAGACUACAAGCAGGCACUGGCACUGAGCCCGCAGGAUGAGGGAGCCAACCUACGCAUGGGUGUGCUGCAGGAGAAGAUGGGAUUCUGUGAGCAGAUGCGCAGGCAGUUCCAGACAGCGGAGAACCACUUCUCAACAGCCAUCAAGCACAACCCUGAGAAGGCCCAGUACUACCUGCACCGGGCCAAGAGCCGACAGCUCCUGCAGAACAUUUUGGGGGCCCGCCAGGAUGUUGCCACUGUGCUGCUCCUGAACCCCAACUAUCCAAAGAUGGCCCCACUGAUGACCAACCUCUUUCCUGGCAUGACUGUGGAGGACGUGCUUAAGAGCCAAGUGGCCCAACUGGCCAAGCUCCAACUAAGUCGGAUGCUAGAAAGUGGUCCGAAGGCCAUCCACCCACAAAGCAUUGUGAUGCAGAGGUUAAUGGAACGUCAGAAAGCCCGAGCCUUGAUGGAGUCCUGGAAUAGGGAAUAUACUUUCACGGGGAACCUGGAAGAGGAACUGGCUACUCCUCCGACCUUGCAAGGAAAGACUGAACUCAAGAGAAGAGGAGCAGAGGAUAAAAAGGUGAAGCCCCGCAUGGUGAUAUCCCUGUCAGACAGCUACGUGGACCAGACCUCCUCGGGCUCAGUCUUCAGCAUCCUGAGCCUGAGCACCUCGGGGAUGGACGUAUCAGACAGUCAGUAUAGGAGCACUUCCAACACAGCUGUGAUGUCUGGACACUCAAGGCCUCAGUCCUCAGACCCCAGGAAGAACAGGGAGAAACUAGGCCUGAGCAGGGCCCCCAAGGUCACCCAGGCCUCUGAGAACCCAGACCAGAACUUGCGUGAGACCACACCUGCCUAUGGCCAAAGACGCCACUCCAGCAAGGCAGAAGCCACGCAAAGCCCAGGAAGACAACGCCCCAGCCAGAAAUCCAGAAUGACAGAAGCCACCGUGGGUCCAAAGCCUAGAAAGAACAGGCCUGCCCUGACCCCGAAGCAGAGGCUCAGAAGAGCCAAGGCUGUUCGUGCCCAGAGCUGGAAACCCAGGUCCCAGGUCCACAGCAAGAAGUCAACAAAGACUUCCAGCGAGACUGUUUCCCAUGGCAGAAGCAGUAGUAGUUCCAGUGAGACCCAGGGCCAGAGUCCAGGGCCCAGCAGUUCUGAGGACACCUCAAGCUCCAGUGAGAGCACAACAUCAAGCUCCAGCAAGACCAACCCCUUCCCGGAGCCAAGUCUGCAGCUCUGCAAAGCCCAGGAUCCCCAGGACAGGAACCUGAACUCCAGCAAGGCGGAGCUUUCACCCACCCCUAGCCAAUCUACUGCCCCCUGAACGGGCCAAUGAGAAGGC